AUGGCCUCAACGUCUGUACUCCAACAUUUUGAGACUUUUCAAAAAGCUCGAGUUACUUUCGUUCAAGCUGUCGCAGAGGCUGCUUCUCGACCACAGAACAUCGAAGUGAUGCAAAAUGCUGGCGUUAUGCAGCUAUUACGUCCUUUGCUUCUUGAUAAUGUACCGAGUAUCCAGCAAUCUGCUGCUUUGGCUCUCGGUCGCUUAGCCAAUUAUAGCGAUGACCUGGCUGAAGCUGUUGUAGGUAACGAAAUCUUGCCUCAACUUGUCUACUCGCUCUCGGAAAAGAACCGUUUUUACAAAAAAGCUGCAGCUUUUGUGCUACGUGCAGUAGCUAAACAUUCACCCGAGCUCGCUCAAGCUGUGGUUGAUUCGGGGGCAUUAGAAUCGCUUGUACCAUGCUUAGAAGAGUUUGAUCCAACGGUGAAAGAAGCAGCUGCAUGGGCCAUUGGUUACAUAGCUCAACACACUGGAGAGCUCGCACAGCAUGUUGUGGAUGCAGGUGCUGUGUCGUUGCUCGUACUUUGUAUCCAAGAACCGGAAGUGGCUUUGAAGCGUGUGGCUGCGUCUGCACUUAGUGAUAUUGCCAAACACUCACCAGAACUUGCACAAGCUGUUGUCGACCCAGGCACUGUAUCGUGUUUAGCGCCUUUGAUUCAGCAUCCGGAUGCGAAACUCAAGCGUCAAGUUUGCAGCUGUUUGGCACAAAUCUCCAAGCAUUCCGUCGAUCUGGCCGAAAUUGUAGUGGAAGCCGAAAUAUUUCCAAACAUAUUGUACAGCUUGAAGGAUAUUGAUCACAUUGUUCGAAAAAAUGCCGCUACAUGUAUUCGCGAAAUUGCAAAGCACACACCAGAACUAUCAAAGCUGAUUAUCAAUGCCGGGGGUGCAUCCGUACUUGUGGACUAUGUGUCAGAAGCAUCUGGUAACAAUAAAUUGCCUGGCAUUAUGGCGCUCGGGUAUAUCUCGGCUUUUUCGGAAACAUUAGCACUUGCCGUGAUUGCAUCGAAAGGUAUCACCCCUGUGAAAAAUGCGCUUAUUUCGGAACCUGAAGAUCAUAUUAAAGCCGCGAGUGCAUGGACAUUAGGUCAGAUUGGUCGCCACACACCGGAUCAUUCACGCGCAGUAGCCGAGGCGGAUGUAUUGCGUCAUAUACUCGCUUGUAUGAUUCAUCCGAACAGCUCGGAUGAUCUCAAGAUUAAGUCUAAGCGUGCAUUGAAAAGCAUUUUAUGUAAAUGUACCCAUCUGCAAGCUCUGCAGCCAUUAUUACGUGAUGCACCCUUGAAAGUACAGAAGUAUGUUCUCAAACAAUUCGCUCAGAUGUUGCCACAUGAUCUUGAAGCUCGAAGGUCUUUUGUGCAAAACGGAGGAUUGGAGUUAUUACAACAACUAAGCGAAGUCGCAGCUGGGAAACUCACCGAGUACAUAUUUGAAAUCAAUAGUUGUUAUCCCCCAGAAGUGGUGGAGUAUUACUCUCCUCAUUAUUCCAAGACACUACUUGACAAGCUCGAUGAUUAUCAGCCUCAGGUUCGGUAA